UACUACAGCAGUGUAUUUUGUGUAUCUUUGUACCUUCAGACAGUCGUCCAAACCCUACCGUCGUCUAAACCAAGGGAUCUCAUGGCAGACCUCGGUAUCAGAACGGGGGAUAAGGUGCUGCUGGUUUGGGCUCUGUCGUCGCCUGACACUUUGAAAGCGUUUGCAGAGGAUGUUGGUGCCGUUGUUGGUGCGGAUGGCAGAGUUUCAGUAGAAAACAUGGAAAGACUGCUGCUGUCGUCACAUGCAGCUUCCACUUUCGACUGCGUGCUCUCGUGUCUUUUGGCCGACGGCUCGUCUAUCCACAGCUCCGAGUCUCUGGCAGAGAUGGCCAGAGUGCUCAAACCAGGUGGGAGGCUAAUUCUGGAUGAACCCGUCACAGGAGUGGAUGCACAGAUUGUGAGGACUGUUGAGAAGCUGACGUCCGCUCUGAAGUUAUCAGGCUUGAUGUCAGUGACAGAGGUCGGAAAAACACAACUGACUGCAGAGGCUUUGAACGCCCUGCAGGUGGCUACUGGUUACCAUGGAAACACGCUGUCGCGAGUACGCAUGUCUGCAUCCAAACCAAACUUUGAGGUUGGAUCAACCAGUUCCAUCAAGCUGCCUUUUGGGAAAAGGACCACUCAGCCAGCAGAGAAACCGCCCCUGGAUCCCCACACGGUGACAAUGUGGACGCUAUCGGCCAACGACAUGAACGACUGUGACGUGGAUCUGGUGGACUCUGAUGCUCUGCUAGACGAGGAGGAUUUCAAGAAGCCAGACCCGGCGUCUCUGAAGGCCCCCACCUGCGGGGAGGGAGCAGGCAAGAAGAAGAAAGCCUGCAAGAACUGUACAUGCGGUCUCGCUGAGGAACUGGAGCAAGACAAUAAAGGACAACAGAAAACAAAUUUGCCAAAGUCUGCCUGUGGAAGUUGUUACCUUGGUGAUGCAUUCCGAUGUGCCAGCUGUCCAUACAUGGGGAUGCCAGCAUUCAAACCAGGAGAGAAGAUUGUGCUGCAAGACAGCACACUGACAGACGCUUGAAGCUUGCUGACACGUGCGACACGCUCGGAUUGCCGUUCAACUUGAAAACGGAUUAUUCGGCUUCUGUGCUAGUUGGUUGGGAAGUUCCAUAAAAUGCUAAAAAGUGAAAACGUUUAGCAUGCACAUCUACAAACGUGCAGCAUAUUCCAACUUCUAUCCAUUUCCAUCUGCGUUUAAGACAACUUUGUUUCAUUCUCACGCAAUAAACCAAGUAUCCUUCUAUUCUUGUAUUCCUAAGACUUGUUUAGUAAAAACUGCGUCUUCUUUACCCCUAAAAAGCCAUCUGUGUUUAACUCUUAGGAGUCUAUGAUUUCGCGGCUGCGAAAAAUGGAUGGCAGUUAAGCUAGUAGGCGUGAAUAACAUAAUUGAACAUCUAUUAGAACAUUAUUUAAACAAGAUAUUGAUAUUUGAACACAAGAGUGGUUGUCUCUUCUACUACUAUGCUACUCUGAAAAUGUCAGAACCCCAUCGCCGUCACGUGACCAGAAGUGAGCACUGCCGACACGCCAGCAUAUCUGAAUAUUUGAACUGGCAUGACUCACCCCAAUCGACAUUUUCCUCAUAUUUUUGUUUUAUCCUCUGGAAUGACUCGUAGAAGUAAUUCCACCUCCUCAUCGUCAGUCUGGACAAGCCCUGGAAAGUGGAAAUUUGUUCCCAUCUGAAUGUGACUACUAAUUUGACACAAUGUGGACGCCAUUUUUUUUCAACCUGGAAAUAAA